UUGAUCUGGAGUCUGGGCAACUACACUAUUUCUAUUUUGUUACUCCCUCACGUUCAUAUUAUUUGUCUCAAAUUUGUCUGAAUGUGAACGUAUUUAUGUUUAAAAAACGUCUAAAUACAUGUAAUAUUUCGACAAUUAAUAUGGAUCAGAGGGAGUAACAUAAAUAGAAGUGAUUUCAGUGCAACUAAGCUACUUCCUGUAUUGUGCAAAUAAAUACAAGUACUACUGUACAUAAAAAUGAUUUCAAUAUAACUAAACUAUUUCUACUUUGUUAACAUAAAUAGAGAGUGACUUGUGUAUGCUCGACGGCUUCCUGCAUUGUGCAAAUUAAUACUCAAGUGAUUUCAAUACAACUAUAAAUUAUUUCCGCUCAGCUGGCAAUCCGACAUGGCCGAAGCUCGAACCGGACCAGACCAGCUGGCCGGCCGGCCGGCCCGGGCCGAAGCCGGAAGAACCGAGGCGAACAAAAAGACAAGUCCACAUCACGGGCGGCCGGGUUCCGUUGCAGGCAGCCACGACGGCCUCUCCUCCUCCAUUUCCCCCGACCUCCCCGCACGCACGAGCGCGCGCGCAUCUCCCCUCCGAUCCCACGCCCCAGCGCGCGCGCGCGAGCGAGCGCGUGAGCCAGAUCCGCACCCGCCGCUCGCUCGCUCGCCGGCGGCCGGCCAGGCGCCUGCCCUUGCGGCGUGGCCGCGGACAGACAGCGAGAUCGUCGUCGUCGUUGUCAGCGGCGGCGGAGGGGUCGACAGCGUGAGCGCGAAGGGGGGUUGGUUGGUUGGUUGGUUGGGGGCAAACGGGCGGGCGGCCACUGAGGGGGGGCAAUGGCGCGGCGGUGGAGGCCGUCGCACCUGGUGUUCGUGGCGGGGGCGGCGUACCUCAUCCUCAUCUCCCUCAAGUUCCGCCGCGUGCUCGACCUGGCCACCGCCGACCUCGCCGCCGCCGGCGACCCCGCUUUCUCCUCCCCGUCCUCCUCCGACCACUUCCCUCCCCUCCUCCUCCCCGGAAGCUUCUCCUCCUCCUCUUCCCCCACCAACGCCACCCUCUUCCAUGUCCAGCCCUUCUGGCACCGCUACGACCGCGUCUCCCUCCCCGACAUCGCCGCCCGCAACCGGUCCGCGCUCGACCGCAUGGCCGACGACGCCUGGUCGCUCGGCCUCACCGCCUGGGAGGACGCCGCGGCGUUCGCCGGGGACCCCUGGGAGCUCGCCGCGGCCGGCUCCGCUGCCUCGUCCACCGACAAGUGCCCCUCCGCCGUCUCCGUGCGCGCGCGCGGGAGGGUCGUCUUCCUGCCCUGCGGCCUCGCCGCCGGCUCCUCCGUCACCGUCGUCGGCACCCCCAGGCCCGCGCACAAGGAGUACGUGCCGCAGCUCGCCAGGAUGCGCCAGGGGGACGGCACCGUGCUCGUCUCCCAGUUCAUGGUCGAGCUACAGGGCCUGCGCGCUGCGGAUGGCGAGGACCCGCCCAGGAUACUGCACCUCAACCCCAGGCUCAGGGGGGACUGGAGCCAGCGCCCCAUCAUCGAGCACAAUACCUGCUACCGGAUGCAGUGGGGCGGCGCUCAGCGCUGUGACGGCCUACCUCCUGAGGACAAUGAGGAUAAGGUCGAUGGGUUCACCAAAUGUGAGAAAUGGAUACGUGAUGAUAUUGUUGACACAAAGGAGUCCAAGACCACUUCAUGGCUAAAGAGGUUCAUAGGGCGUGCGAAGAAACCAGCAAUGACAUGGCCAUUCCCUUUUGUAGAAGAUCGAUUAUUUGUUCUUACUAUACAAGCUGGAGUUGAAGGUUUCCAUAUAUAUGUUGGCGGUCGACAUGUGACAUCUUUCCCUUAUCGGCCAGGGUUUACUCUUGAAGAAGCAACAGGAUUAUAUGUUAAGGGCGACGUCAAUGUACAUUCAGUUUAUGCCACUGCUCUUCCUAUGUCUCAUCCCAGUUUUUCACUUCAGCAAGUCCUUGAGAUGUCAGAGAAAUGGAGGUCCCAACCACUGCCAAAAGAUCCAGUUUACCUUUUUAUCGGAAUACUCUCGGCAUCAAAUCAUUUUGCUGAGCGCAUGGCUGUGAGAAAAACUUGGAUGCAAACUUCAGAAAUUAGGUCUUCUAAAGUAGUAGCACGAUUCUUUGUUGCACUGAAUUCAAGGAAAGAGGUCAAUGUAAUGCUGAAGAAAGAAGCAGAAUACUUUGGAGAUAUUGUCAUUUUGCCAUUUAUAGAUCGUUAUGAACUGGUAGUUCUUAAGACAAUUGCUAUUUGCGAGUAUGGGGUCCAAAACUUGACAGCUACCCAUAUCAUGAAAUGCGAUGAUGAUACAUUUGUGAGGGUAGAUGUGGUUCUUAGACAUAUCAGGGCGUACUCCUUUGGCAAACCAUUAUAUAUGGGGAACCUUAACCUCUUGCAUAGACCACUGAGAACCGGGAAAUGGGCAGUUACAGAGGAGGAAUGGCCUGAAGAUAUCUAUCCACCUUAUGCAAAUGGACCAGGUUAUGUAAUUUCUGGUGGCAUAGCAAAAUUUGUCGUGUCUCAGCAUGCCAAUCAGAGUUUAAGGCUAUUCAAGAUGGAGGAUGUAAGUAUGGGGCUAUGGGUUGAAAAAUACAAUUCCACAACGCCUGUCCGGUACUCUCACAGCUGGAAGUUCUGUCAGUACGGCUGUCUCGAGAACUACUACACGGCGCAUUACCAGUCGCCAAGGCAAAUGCUGUGCUUGUGGGACAAGUUGGUCCGGGGCCGACCAUCUUGCUGCAACUACAGAUAGCGGCGGCAAAUGUACUGUUCACCCAUCAUCAGCAUUCCUCCUAUCUCAGCCAGUGAGUUUGGCUGGCUGGUGUUCUCCUUUUUUACAUGAAUCACCCAAGGAUAGCUUAGAGGCUGCUGCUGCUCCCUUGGCUCAGUUGAGCUUACAUAUUGCUGUGAGGUUGAAGCUUGAAGAUUUAGGUAGGAAGCUACAACCCUCUGGUUCCACAUAUUUGCCUGAUUUGUGUUUGUUGUCUCCGAUAGUGUUGACGCCCUUGUUCUUGUAAUUGAUCCCCAAUUUUGAUGUAGAAGAUCUGAUCAAAAUAUUCAGAUGUAUGCCUGUUCUGUUCUUAUGGUAGACAAAAUGACCGCAUGUUCUUUGUCUCCUCGUGUGAUACUAAAAAUCAUCACAUUUUUUUCUUUUCUUUU